AUGUCUGAUAAACAAGAAUCCCCAUUGCACACCGUCGGCUUCGAUGCCAGAUUUCCAAACGUCAACCAAACUAUGCACUGCUGGCAAUCGUACGUGGACUACCACAAGUGCGUCAAUAUGAAAGGCGAGGAUUUCGCUCCUUGCAAAGUGUUCUUCAAGACCUUCUCGUCUCUAUGUCCUCUUGAAUGGGUGGAAAAAUGGGACGACCAGAGAGAAAAAGGUAAGUUCACCGGUGACAUCAAGCCAUGA